AUGUCCAAAAUCCCAAUCAUGCUACAUUUUAAUGGCAAUUGGGAUAGCUAUGGCAGAUUUAGAGAUUUUCAAGUUGAUGGCAUUGUGCUCGAUGAGGAUGCAAGUUACAGUAUGUUGAUUUCUACAAUUGCAGAGCAAUUAAUGAUUGAUACUUCGAAAAAAAUUGGAGAAAUCAAAUACAUUGUGAAUGAGAAUUGUCCUCCAAUGGAGAUUAGGAACAAUAUGGGGGUUAGUGUGUAUAUGGAGACAAAAAAGGAGAAUAAAAAUUUAGGAUCGUAUCCAUUACUCAUAAGUGUACGAGAUUUCAAUAUGGAAUUGGCUAUUACAAAUGAGAACACAAGUGCAGGUUUGUCUGGGACAAUACAAUUACUUGAUAUGCCAGCCUCUCCCGUCAUAGAGAAAUAUCAAAGUGAAAUAAUAACUGAAGAUACACAAAGUAUUAUCGAAGAAGGACAAGUGUAUCAAGACAAGCAAACAAUUGCAACUGCAAUGAGGCACUAUUCUGUCAUACACAAGUUCCAAUUCAGGGUUAAAAGAUCUAGCCACAGAAGCUAUUGGCUUAUAUGCGUUGCAGAAAACUGUAAUUGGCACUUCAAGGCAACAUCAAUUAAUGAUUCUGCAAUGUUCAAGAUCAGGAGCUUCAACCGACAACACACAUGCACCUUAAUGGACGAUACAUUCAUACAACGCAAACGUACUGCAGUUGUAGUUGGUAGCAUGGUCAUGCCAAAGUAUUGUGAUCCUAAGACAGUUUACACAGCAAAGGACAUACAAACUGACAUGUUGUCCCAACACGGAGUGAACCUAAGCUACAUGCAAGCAUGGAGGGCAAAGGAAAAGGCUUUACAGUUAUUGAGAGUUGUUAAAUUGAAGAAGACAACAGAUGAAUGCUUCUUAUAUGCAUUUGUUGCUCUUUGUACAUCAAUAAGUGGUUGGGAAUAUUGUAGACCAGUAGUAGUGGUUGAUGGGACAUUCUUAAAGACAGCCUACAGGGGAAUUAUGCUGACAGCAAGCACACUGGAUGCAGCAGGUAUAAUAUUGCCUUUGGCAUAUGCUGUGGUUGAUUCGGAAAACGACGCAUCGUGGAAGUGGUUUUUUGAGCAAUUCAAGCAAGCAUAUGGUGAAAGAACUUCAAUGUGUGUUGUUUCAGAUAGGAAUGAGAGUAUUCUGAAGGCAACAUCAAUUGUCUAUCCGGGCGUGCCACACUACUCUUGCGUGUGGCAUAUUUGGACAAAUAUAAGGGCAAUGUUCAAGAAGGGUCAUCUACAAUUAAAUGAAUUGUACUUUGCUACAGCAGGGUCAUACACUUUGGAUGAAUUUAAUGAAAGGAUGUCGAAGAUUGAAGAGAUAGACCCUCGUGUUAAAUCAUACCUCUAUGAUAUUGGCUAUCAUAGGUGGUCAAGAGUACAUGAAACGGUGAAUAGAACUUGGACUAUGACAUCAAAUAUUGCAGAGUCAUUGAAUGCUGUAACAAAAUAUGCAAGAGAGCUGCCAAUAUUUGACCUAUUAGAGUAUAUGAGGACACUUCUUGAACGUUGGACGAAAGAGAAGUUGUUGAAGGCAAAGGCUUUAAGAGACAGGAAUGAAGGAUAUGAAAACUAUUGCUCUCCGUAUUACACAAGGGAGAGCCUACUGUGUACAUAUGAAAUACCAAUAAAUCCCCUUCCUGAUGAAAGCAAAUGGAAUGUGGCACAACAUAUAUCUGAUGAAGUAGUAAAUCCACCUACGGGAGAGAAAAAGUAG